GGCUUCCUACACCGACACACACACACGCCACAUGGUUUUCUUGCACGGGAGCUGGAUGUGUUUUGAAGUGGAGCCGACUGGUCGUGUGGUUUGCUGAUUUUCCCGGUGCUUUUAAUUUAAAAAGAACGAAGAAGAAUGUCACAGUUACAGGCGAGGUUCUUCACGGAAGACCAAAGGUAUGUCGUGGACGACGUCCCCUUCUCCGUCCCUGCCGCCUCUGAAGUCCAGGACCUCGGCAACAUCAUCAACAAGCUGCUGGAGGCCAAGCAUGCAUCUCACAGUAGAGUGGAGUUUGACUUCCUGGUCAGGGGUCAGUUCCUGCGGACACCGCUGGCCACUCACAUGGAGACGGAGGGAAUAUCGACGGAAGACGUAGUAGAGAUAGAGUACGUGCAGCGGAUCACUGCGCCGGAGCCGGAGGAGUGUAUGAUGCACGAUGACUGGAUCAGCUCCGUGGAGGCAGACAGCGAGUGGAUCCUAACGGGUUCUUAUGACAAGACAGCCAGGAUAUGGUCUUUGGAGGGCAAGGCAGUGAUGACGGUGGCGGGACACUCGGAUGUUGUGAAGGACGUUGCCUGGGUCAAAAGAGACGGCCUGACGUCUCUGCUGCUGACGGCCUCUUUGGACCAGACCGUUCUGCUGUGGGAGUGGAACUCUGAGAGGAACAAGUUGAAAGCCAGGCACUGUUGUCGGGGACACACAGGGAGCGUUGACGCCAUUUCCACAGACCCCACAGGCUCUAAGUUCUGCAGCGGCUCCUGGGACAAAAUGUUGAAGAUCUGGUCAGCAGUGCCCACAGAGGAGGCGGACGAGGUGGAGGAGCCCGCCGACAGGCCCAGGAAGAAACAGAAGACCCAGCAACUCGGCCUGACCAGGACUCCCUUGAUGACGUUGUCCGGACACAACGAGGCGGUGUCCUCCGUCCUGUGGUGCGACAGCGAGGAAGUCUGCAGCGCUUCCUGGGAUCACACCAUCCGAGUGUGGGACGUGGAAGCUGGGAUCGUGAAGACCACGCUGACGGGUAGUAAAGUGUUCAACUGCAUCUCCUACUCCCCCCUGUGUCGACGGCUGGCGUCGGGCAGCACUGACCGACAUAUCAGACUUUGGGACCCUCGCACCAAAGACGGCGCGCUGGUGCUGUUGUCUCUGACCUCCCACACCGGCUGGGUCACCGCGGUCAAGUGGGCGCCGUCCCAUGAGCAUCAGCUCGUCUCUGGUUCCCUGGACAAUCUGGUCAAACUCUGGGACACCAGAAGCUGCAAGGCUCCAUUGUACGACCUGGCAGCUCACGAGGACAAAGUGUUUUGUGUGGACUGGACAGAGAGCGGGCUGAUGUUGAGCGGCGGUGCAGAUAACAAGCUCUACACGUACAGAUACUCAGCGGCUCAGACGGACGCAGGGGCGUAGUGAUCCCGGCCUCCAGAACGUGACCAGAAGCACGUAAAAUCAGUGCUGGACAAACCUCCUGUUUUUUGUUUUGGAUCUUGGUUGUUUUUACACAGACUGUCUCAUGACUUCAUCGUUUCCCUGUAACCCAAGCAGAGUAUAAAUUAAUUUUCUCUCCCAAA